UGAUCUUGGCGACCCGCACUCAUAGUUAGGUGAUCGUUCGCCGAAAUUGUUUGCUUCCUUUUCGUGUGUGUUUGUUCUCUCGGGAGGAUUUUUUUUCUGUUCUGUGCUGAUAAAGCGCCGGAUUGUGACGAUUUCCUUUUUUUUUUAAUCGGGUGGAUUGAAGUGAAUCCUUGCGUUAUCGAUUGCGCAACGCGCGGACACAACGUGACGAGUGAUUCUGCCGAAUAGUGCUGUGACAUUUCCGUCUAGGCGGAGGAUUUAGAAUUUGUGAAGUGACAAUUUUGAUUGUUCUGAACUCAGAACAAGGAGAAGAAAAUUCGUCUGCAUUCGCUGCAUAGUGCCUCAAAUUCUGAAAAAAUGAACCUCCGAACGGGGGCCUUUGUAGGCCUGCUUUGUAUAGGGCUGGUAUCGGCCCAAUUGAACUACCAGCCGGAGUUCCUCUCGGCUGGUCAGGGUUUCCGAUCUGCCUCGCAGUACCGAAGUAAAUCAAUUUCCAAACGUCAAGCUCCGGGUGGUGAUGGGGAUAUAAUACCGCAUGAUCAAAAGAAACAGACUACCUUCUGGUGGGUUGCGCCAGACUCUCCUUUCAAGGCUACUAAAAUCGGUGGCGGUGUGCAAACUCCUCCGGGAGCUGGAGAGGAUGGGGCCGCUGGAGGAGCUGCCGCAGGUGCUGCCGGAGCAGCUGGUGCUGCUGGUGCAGCUGGUGCUGCCGGCCAGGCUGGAGGAGUAGCAGGCCAAGCUGGAGCAUUCGGUGCCACUAGAACUUCACAGUCCAGUUUUCAGGCCACUGCAUCAAGGUCAUUUGGAGCAGCUGCUGGACAAGCCGGUGCCCAAGGUCCACCUGGUCAACCAGGCCAGUUUGGUGCUGGUGGCACUGCUACGUCGGUUCAGGCUACCGCAUCUAGGACAGUCGGUACCCAAACCGGAGUAGCAGCGGGUCAAGGUCAAGCAGUUGGCGGUAUCGGAGGUUUCGGUACCACCAUCUCCAGGACUUCGACGGCCACCACCAGAACUUCGGGUAUUCAAGGCCAAGCAGGAGCAUUCGGUCAACAACCCAAUGCACCAGGUACCGUAGCUGGCACGAGUACUGUGGCUGGUGCUACUCGCACCAAUACGUUCACAGCUACCAACCAGGUCAACACGCAAGGAGUUAUCCCCGGCCAACCACCAGCUCAACCAGGUCAACCAGGACAACCAUCAGUCACCGGUGGAGUCCGAACAACCAGCACAUUCCGCAAAACAACCGCCACAACGACCACUGGAGUUGCUCCCAUUCCCGCUCCUGCGCCACCGCCACCAGUUUAUACUAAUACAGCUACUAUCUCUAGAAACACUAAUACAGCUACUACUAUAACCAAUACGCAACAACAGCAGCCUCCGCCGCCUGGUACUUUCCAAACUAAUACUAACACCGCUACAACCUUCGGGGCUACUGCCAGGACCGAUGUAACCGGUACAAGAACCGAUCAAGGGCCGCCUCCUAUCUCGCCAACCUCAGGCAUUGGAGGUUCCAGCGUCACGCGUUCACAGGAAAACACCGGCGCCGGCAUUAGCACACACACCAUCACCAGCGGCGUCAAUCUGCAGCCGUUCUUCAAGAAGACCACCGUCACUUCGCACGGCUAUGACUACCCCGUCCCGACCACGGUGCCGUGCUACGAACCGAACAAGGUUUGCACACCGAACGAGUACUGCGUCAACGGACAGGUCCAGGAAAGCCAACUGAAUCUGUUCAACACCAACAACCAGAACUGCAACUCGGCCACAGAGCAGUGUUGCAAGAUUCUUCCAGCGCCACCACCGACCCAGUGUCCGGACAACAACUACGUUUGCGUAUCGCCCGACUUGUGCAACAACGGCCUGCUGAACUUCGAUGCGCAGAAUGCAAUUUCUCCACAACCGUCCGGCCAAUGUUUCUCCCCGGAAGUGUGCUGCAAGACCCAAUCGCUCAUUUCCGAGUCAACCGUGCUGACCAACGAAGGAUACGUAGUAAGAGUGCCAGACAAUCAAUACCUUCCUCCGGAAGGCCAAAACACAAACACAGACAUUCAAACUGCACCACCACCACGACCACCAACCACUCCACGCCCACCACCACCCACACCCACACGUUACGUUCCACCACCCACCACAACACGUUACGUACCACCACCAACCACCACACGUUACGUGCCACCUCCAACCACCACUCGCUAUGUACCGCCACCAACCACCACGAGGUAUUUCCCACCACCGACCACUACGAGCCCUCCAUAUCGCGGUGAUGAGUACAUCCCACCCCGGGAAGAAAUUCCAGCAUCAUCCAAUACCGACCCUAAUGCGGUGAGACCUCCACAGGAUACAAACGAAGUUCCAAGCCCAGCCCAGGACACGCCCAGCUUCCUUCGCCCAACUCAACCACCACCACCACAGCGUCCGUUCCAGCCGCGUCCAACCCAACCACCAGUAGGAGGAAACGCUCCACCACCACUCCCGCCAGUAGGAUGCUCCGCCGCCAUGAACUGUACCGAACGCGAAUUCUGCUCUUCCACCGGUGUCAUCUCCAAGACUCCAGUCGUCCUCACCCCUGAACAGGAACUGUUCCGUGUCCCCGUCACCGAAUGCCGCAACCCUGAAAAGGGCUUCACCGGAGUGUGCUGCCGUGAUCCAGACUACGUCGACCCCUGGCCAGUGGGCAUGCUCGGACUGUACAACCCAGAAAUCCUUCCCUUCGACGAUGGCUCGUACAAACCCAACGGCAACAACGGAAACGGCAAUCAAAACGGAAACAGCAUCAGCCAGACUCAACAGACUCAACGCAAUGAAGCCAUCCUAGCGUCUCCCAGUCGGGUAACUGCCGCCCAGAACUACGGACCGAACCAGAUCACCAGCGCCAGCCAGAAUCAGUACACGAAGACCCAGUACGACCGAGGAGUAACGGCUGCCGCUUCGUCGACGUCCACGACCGCAGUGCAGAGACAACAGACACAACAGACGCAAACCACAAGUGCCGGAAGCACUGGCACCAAGCGAUUCACGGCCGGAGGACUUCAGUUCGUACACAGCGGUAACACCCGAUUCAAGCCAUUCCAGAAGCAAGGCGGUAGCCAGUGUGCCCCUAGGAACUAUAACACUCAACCACGAGGUGCCGGCCCGUGGGACACCGGUUUCGGAGAGUUCCCCUGGCAAGCCAUGGUGAUUCUGGAAUCGAACAAGACGCUGCUUUGCGGAGGUGCCAUAAUUUCGGAGACCACGGUUGUGACGGCCGCUAACUGCGUUUAUGGACUGAACCCGCGUGAUAUUAUGAUCAAGGGUGGCGAAUGGCGGUUGGGAGUUGACGCCGAACCAAAGACAUUCCAGAUUGUGCGCGUGAAGAACGUUAUUUACCACCCGGCCUACCAACCAACGACCCUGAACUACGACGUCGCUAUGCUGGUGCUGGAGGACCGCCUACGAUUCGAUACCCACAUCGGACAGCUGUGCCUGGACGAGAACGACGUUGUGCCGAGCGCUUCGUACGAGAACUGCGUCACUACCGGUUGGGGACGUGAAGUGUUGAAGAUUCACAUCGGAAACGCGCUGAUGCGUCAGAUGCCGAUUUCGCUGCUUUCGGAAGCCGACAGUCAACGUGAGCUCCAGAAUAACGGAUUCACCCCGGAGUCGCACAUCUGUGGUCGUCCAGCGGCCGAUGCCUGCGACGUGGACAUCGGUAGUGCGUUGGCUUGUGCCGACACCAGCGGAACGUACUACCUGAAGGGUGUCUACUCGUCGGACAACGGCUGUGGCCGACCGGACCAGAUUGUGUCCUUCUCGAACAUCGACGUGCAAUGGAUCAGACAGGCCCUGAAAAACCCGAACCAAUUCAUUACGCCAGUGCCAAACUACCAGACGGCAGCCAACAGUCCGGUGGCCAGCACCGUCUAUCAGCCAUCGACGCUGGGGCCCAACUAUGGCAAGGCGUAUCUCCCUCCAUACUAAUUUAAAGCUACCGCAGUAGAACAAGCCCACUGAGAUAUGACAGAAUUUACUAAAUGCUUUAGAUAGAACCUAUUCUAGCCAAUAGUAUUGAAGAGAAGUGACACACUGUUUUACCAUAUACCUAGACAUCGCCACAUCCAGUCGUCAUUCAUUUUUGUUUUACCUCCCAAAAUCAAAACUCUAGCUUAAGUAUUUUUACAUUGAAUGCAUCUUGUUGUGAUUUGUACGAAAAAAAAAAAUCCCCCAUCCAAGAGAAUCAUGCGCAAAUUCUUCAUCAGAUCAAAAUCAUUGUCGAGUUUCGCUUAGGUAGACGACUCACUCAAGCCAGUGAUUAUAUAAAGAUACUUGAAUAUCGUACGUAGAGCAAAAGUCACACCCCCACACAUCCUACACCUUAGCCAAAACCCUGCCCAGUUUACGUAUUGCGAAACCAGAUUUAGCAAAAGUGCGCACAAGCGAUCCCUUUUUAGAGUAGGCCCUUUCUCGAGCCAAACAAAUAAGAAAAAAAAAAAACACGACGUAAAUACUCCCGAAAGCACUACCAACCAUCGAACGCCAUGUACAAAGCCCCAUCUUUCGCCCUAACGUGUAGUUAAGAUCGUUAAGAUAUCAACACUUUCAGUUUCAUUUCCGUUUCGUACCUUUAUCACUAGAACAUUUUAAAGGCACUCACUCAUUCUUUUGUUCCAAACAUAUGACAAGUAAAAGAAACAAUCAGAAAUUAUGCAUAUAACCAUAAAACAGUAAAAAUGCAUUUCAAAAGUAUGACGUAUUAUAACACACCUUUGAUCAAGAGUUCACAACAGUAUGAAGAAUUGUACCCGAAAAGAACGAUAAUCGGUGGAACGAGAAGAAGAAACAUAGACAAACGAUUAUCCUUUGCUGUAGGAGAUAGUAAUAGGUUGUUAUAAAACGGAAAAAAUCCAUUCCAACGCUUUUGUAGCUGAAUAUGAAUGUUACAAAAGUUGCGGAUACAUGCAGGGCCGGGACGAGAUAUAAAGUAAGAGAAAGAGGUAAAUGAUGGAUGGAGGAAGAAGCAUGGGAAGAAACGAUGCGCAAUUGCAUCGGAUCUUGGAACACUUCCCGGAAACAGUGAAUCGAGUAUAACGUAACAAAUAAUGAUAUUUUUAGUAUUAUUUAAUUACCUGUACAUAAACCUUUGACUGUAAGACAAAUUUAUAUAAAAAUAAUCAAA